AUGGGCUUGGAAACAAAGCCAUUCUCCCUCGACAGCGGACACUAUACAGUACUGGCCUUCCUCCUUGCCAUCUGUGUCCCACAGUACCCCCAUAGAACUGCAUUUCGCUAUGGACUAUUUCUUCUCCAAAUUACCUGCGCAGUACAAGCAUUCUUUGCUCCGCCACCUCCAAUACUAGACCGGGCCAUCCUCUACUCAUCGGGUGUGCUGAUGGGCAACAUGCUAGCACGCUACUUUGACCGACUAUACACAACCGUCCCAGAGAAGACAUUUCACCGCAUCAUCGACCAAACCCCCGAAGAUGCAGUUAGUCUUCCAGCGUCUGAGCGCCUUUUCUGGGCCCUAGAACUUUUCAGCGUCACCCGUGGGAUCGGCUGGAACUGGCGCGUCGGCGGGAUUCCUAAGUCCCCAGCAUCAACAACCAGAUUCCAAUUCGUGGGAGCCCAAUUUAUCACAUGGAUUGCAAUGUAUGCAGGUCUACAUCUCGUCAAUGUAACCUCUCAGUUUGUCUUGUCAAACCAAAAUGCCAUCCCCUCACUCGUGGACAAUUUGCAAAUCUAUGCCUUGAUAGUAGGUGGAUGCGCCAUGACAAUAUACAGCCAUUUCGGCAUUCUCAUGCUCCCGUUAUCAAUUCUCUGUGUCGGCCUCCAAAUCGGCCCUCGCUCAUGGCAGGAUGCUGCAUCCUGGCCACCGAAUUUCGCUAGCGUGAGUGAAGCAUACAGCAUUCGCCGCUUCUGGGGAUAUACCUGGCAUCAGCAGUUGCGAAGACAAGCUGGGGCGCCCGGUGAAUAUCUCAUUAGCUUGCUGCCAAACAGUGUGAGGACAUCUAAACGGACGUCUGUUCGGCUAGGGAGACGGUACUCACUCCUCUUGAUGAGCUUCUUCGUUUCGGGAUUGGUUCAUGCGUGCGGAUCAUACCAAGUGACACGAGCACUUGGCCUACCUUUAUCGGAUGGUGGUGAAGUAAAGUAUUUUGUGUUACAGGGGGUGGCUAUUAUAGCCGAGGAUUUUGGGUGUUGGGUUUUUGGUGUUGAUGAUCGGGCAACAAAGCCUGGGGGGAUGCGGCUAUGGGUAGGAUAUGCGACCACACUGUCUUGGUACGUCUGGAGUCGGGUACAGCUGAAGGGCAUACCUGUGGCGCUGGGAAUGGGGAUUCAUCAUGAGAGGGGAGACUUGUUGGCUGCGUUGGAGCACGUUCGACAAUCUGCUGCAGCAGUGCCAGGGAAUUUCGUGGCAAGGGCGUGGGAGCUGAUUCAGUGA